UCGGCCUCAGCGGGGCCGCUCCGCCGCCGGGCGCCGGGCGAGAGGCGGCGGCGGUUUCCGGCGGGGCCAUGCCGCCCUUCGGCUCGGGGCUGCUGGUGCUCACGGCUCCGUUGGCCGCGUUGCCGAGGCGGGCGGCGGCGGCGCUGGCGGCGGCCGCGGGGGUGGUGGCGGGGCCGCUGUACGUUCACCUGCAGCCGGGGCUGGUGCUGUCCGGCCCCGCGCCGCUGCCCGCCGCUCCGCCCGCCUGCCCCGCGCUGCUCCGGGCUCUGGCCGCGCUGUACGCGGCGGCGGCGGCGCAGCGGGGCCUGGAGCUGCGCGUCCUGCUGAGCCCCGGCCGCCGCCUGGCGCGGCCGCCGCGGGUGCUCAUGGCCGACGCGCCGGGGCCGCCGGGGCCGGUGGAGCGAGGCCUGCGGCACCUGGCCGCCGCCGCUUACGGCUGCCCGCCCGGCCUGCCCGCCCUGCUGCUGCCCGGCGCCGAGGACGGCGGCGCGGGGGGUCCCGAGGACGACCCCGACCCCGAGGCGGCUCUGCCGGGCUUCUCGGACGUGGUGGUCGGCGGCACUUUCGACCGCCUCCACGGCGCCCAUCGCCUCCUGCUCAGCGCCUGCUGCCUGCUGGCCCGGCAGCGGCUCCUGGCCGGGGUGGCCGACGGCGACCUGCUGCGCCACAAGGUCCUGCCGGAGCUGAUUGAGCCGUACGAGCUGCGAGCGGCGAGGCUGCGCGAGUUCCUGGAGGACACGAAGCCCUCUCUGCGCUACGACAUCGUGCCUCUGACCGACCCCUACGGCCCCUCGGUCACAGACCCCGACCUGCAGUGCUUGGUGGUCAGCGAGGAGACCCGCAGGGGAGGCGAGGCCGUGAACAAGAAGAGACUUGAGAAUGGGCUCCCCGAGCUGUCUCUCUAUGAGAUCCUGUUGGUGAAGGAUCCCGAGCACAGUCAGAACGAGGAAGAGAAGAUCAGCUCCUCCAGCCUGCGGCAGAGGCUGCUGGGGACGCUGCUGCGGCCCCCACAGCACAACCCUGCCUUGCCCUCGCGCCCGUACGUCGUCGGCCUGACUGGAGGAACUGGGAGUGGGAAAACCUCCAUUGCCAAGCUCCUGGGGCACCUGGGAGCGUUCCUCAUCGACGCCGACAGGCUGGGCCACACCGCCUACAUCCCCGGCGGCCCUGCCCACGAGCAGGUGGUGGCGGCUUUUGGGGCAGAAAUCUUGAAUGAAGAUGGGACCAUUAACAGGACAGUCCUCGGGGCCAAAGUGUUUGGAAACCAGGAGAGGCUGAAGAGUCUGACAGACAUUGUGUGGCCCGAGAUCGCCCGGAUGGUCAAGGAGCAGCUCGAGGAGGCCAGUGCUCAAGGCAAAGCCGUUUGCGUGCUGGAUGCAGCCGUGCUGCUGGAGGCUGGCUGGCAGGACAUGGUCCAUGAGGUGUGGACAGCCGUCAUCCCCGAGGAGGAGGCUGUGAAACGCAUCGUGGCCAGGGACGGGCUGAACGAGGAGGCUGCUCGCAGCCGGGUGCAGAGCCAGAUGAGCAACAGCCAGAGGGUGGAGAGGUCGCAUGUGGUGCUGUGCACGCUCUGGGAGCCGGAUGUCACCCGCAAGCAGGUGGAGAAGGCCUGGGGCCUCCUGCAGGAGCGCCUGAGCCAGGAACGCAGCCUGUGAGGGGUCAUGCUGCUCGUCACCGGGACACCCCAGCCCUGCGGAUCCGUGUCCUGGGGCAGCACCCACCAUCAGUGAGCCGGCCCUGCUGAGCCCACCUACCACUGCAGCUCCAAGGAGGGGUCAGCCGUGUCUUGCUGUCACCCAGUGACAAGGAGGAUCCUGCAACAGCUCCUCGGGCCAAAAGUGUCCAGACCUCCCCACCUGAGAGUAAAGAGGCUUCUCCCUCUGUA